AAAUGAAAUUAAACCCAUAAAGUUAGCAAGCAGCCAGAGUGUCCCAGCCUAGCUAGCUACAGAAACUCUUUUGUUUAUUUCCAACUAUAAUAUUUUUUUUUUUUUUUGGGGUUAAUUUCUGUCCAUUUGUUCUCAAAAUCUGUAUAUAUAAAUAUGCCCCCAUAAAACCUAGCUAGCAUGUCAAAUUAAGGAAAUUAAGUACACAACAACAAGUAGAUUAUAGCAACAAUAAUGGCAGAAACUCACAGCAGCAGAUUUAUUCUGAUCUCUGCUUGUUUUCUGCUUCUUCUUUCAUUGUUGUUCAAUUCAGCUUCUGCUCAACUUAGGACAAACUUCUACAGUAACAUUUGCCCCAAUGUUGAAUCCAUAGUCCGCUCCGCUGUCACUCAGAAGUUCCAGCAAACCUUUGUCACUGUUCCGGCCACUCUGCGUCUCUUUUUCCAUGAUUGCUUUGUUCGGGGAUGCGAUGCAUCAGUGCUGCUGGCUUCGCAAAAUGGUAAGGCAGAGAAGGAUCAUCCAGAUAACCUUUCUCUUGCCGGAGAUGGAUUCGACACUGUAAUCAAAGCCAAAGCAGCUGUUGAUCGCAAUCCCAAUUGCAGGAACCGAGUUUCAUGUGCUGAUAUUCUUGCUCUUGCUACCAGAGAUGUCAUUGUCUUGUCUGGAGGACCAUCGUAUCCUGUGGAGUUGGGGAGGCGAGAUGGGAAAAUAUCAACAAUUGCCAGUGUACAACAUCGUCUUCCUCAUCCUGAGUUUAAUUUGGACCAGCUCAAUUCCAUGUUUGCUUCUCAUGGUCUCACCCAGACUGAUAUGAUUGCUUUGUCAGGUGCUCAUACACUUGGAUUCUCUCAUUGUGGUCGUUUCUCAAAAAGAAUCUACAACUUCAGCCCACGAAGCCGCAUUGACCCAACACUGAAUCCAUCAUACGCAUUGCAGCUGAGAAACAUGUGUCCCCUAAGAGUGGACCCCAGAAUAGCCAUUAACAUGGACCCCAACACACCAAGAACAUUUGACAAUACUUACUUCAGGAACCUCCAGCAAGGAAUGGGUCUAUUCACAUCUGAUCAGAUCUUGUUCACCGAUGGAAGAUCAAAGCCUACAGUGAACCUUUUCGCAUCCAAUCCCUCCUCUUUUAACCAGGCUUUCAUUUCUGCCAUUACCAAGCUUGGAAGAGUUGGAGUUCUCACUGGGAAUAAAGGUGAGAUUCGUCUAGAUUGCAGCCGAGUGAACUAGACAACAACAAAAUGUAUACUAAUAUUUGCACUUUGUGUUGUGAAGUGGGAAUUUUUUUGGUUUUUUUUUUUAAGAGAAUAAUAAUAAUAUGGGCAUAUUGUAUGUGGUGUGUAUACAUGAUAUACAUUCAAAAUUAUCGGGCACUUAUUGGCUUCCACAAUAAAAUGAAAGUUUUCGUA